CACAGUACGUACCCAACAUUCAGCAGAGCACGCUAGCCCAGAAUGGCCAACGCAAUGUUGCUCGCUGUGCUCGUCUCCUUCCUCGUCCUGCCCUUCUCCGCCCUGGCCCUGACCCAGGACUUCUGCGUGGCCGACCUGGCCUGCCCCGACACGCCGGCGGGGUACCCGUGCAAAAAGGGCGUCGGCCCGGGCGACUUCUACUACCACGGCCUCGCCACCGCGGGCAACACCAACAACCUCAUCAAGGCGGCCGUCACGCCGGCCUUCGUGGGCCAGUUCCCCGGCGUCAACGGGCUGGGCAUCUCCGCGGCCAGGCUCGACAUCGCCGUCGGCGGCGUCGUGCCGCUCCACACCCACCCGGCCGCCUCUGAGCUGCUCUUCGUCACCGAGGGCACCAUCCUCGCCGGCUUCAUCAGCUCCUCUUCCAACACCGUCUACACCAAGACGCUCUACAAGGGCGACAUCAUGGUCUUCCCUCAGGGCCUGCUCCACUACCAGUACAACGGCGGCAGCUCCCCGGCCGUCGCCCUCGUCGCCUUCAGCGGCCCUAACCCCGGCCUGCAGAUCACCGACUACGCGCUCUUCGCCAACAACCUGCCGUCCGCCGUCGUCGAGACCGUCACCUUCCUCGACGACGCGCAGGUCAAGAAGCUCAAGUCCGUGCUCGGCGGCACCGGCUAAUCAUUAAUCAAGCAAGCAGCUCUCUAUGCAAGGUCGUCGUUUCUCGUCGUGUCACACCAUGUCGGAUUACGUGCCUAGAUGAUAACACCGCGAGAAAUGGUUUUCUACCGCUACCACAUGCAUGCAUGUUAUAUACUCCCUCCGUUCCCAAAUAUAAGUUUUUCUAGAGAUUGCAACAAAUAAAGAUCAAAUCGAAUGAAUCUACACUUUAAAAUAUGUCUACAUACAUCCGUAUAUUGUAGUCUAUUUAAAAUGUCUUAAAAGACUUAUAUUUAGGAACGGAGGGAGUAUAAUAGUGUGCAUGCAUCCAUCAUCUAUAUAUCGCCAAUUGGAGAUUCGUGCAACAUUUUCUAGUUUUUGUCAAAAUUGUCUUGUCCUAAGUUAUUGUAUAGUGUUUCAUUGAGAUUUUUUUUUCUUCCUUCAAAAUGUAUUAUAAUGUUUUACCGUGUACUAACUAAGAGAGCUUGUAUACUUUAUUUCUGUCAA